CGCUGAGAAUUCGUGGUGGGUUCCGUCACAAGGCAAAGUCUCCGUCCUCAACCCUCUUCCAACCUCGAACAUCUGUCCGUCAGGGUGGAGGCGAGGGGGCGACGGUGGAGGGAUACCACUAGCUCGGAGGGCGAAAGGUACAAAUUAAAAAAAUUUGGAAGAACUAUAGUAUUUGGGUAAAUAAUUUUGCUUCUGCAGCAUUUUGAGAGAUAUUUUCUUUUCUCCCGGUUUAUAACUAGAAAAAGCCUCAUUUUAUGUAUGAAAGGGCAAUUUAAACAAGCCUACAGCGUGGGCGCUUCUUGUCUUCGGUAUUUUAACAUCUCUUAUGUGGCCACCAUUUUUCGAAAUCCAGUUUCACAUUUCUCCACCAUUUCUCUGAAAUCUCACUUGCAAAAAGGGCACCUUGUGGAUCUCAAAGAGCAAUUUGUCAGCCUUUGUAACAAAGGAUACAUUAAAGAAGCAUUUAAUUUCUUUGUACCUAAGAUAUGGGAAGAACCCAAUCUGUUCUCUCAUCUAUUCCAAGCAUGUAUAUUGAGAAAGUCCAUGCCCUUAGGGAAACAACUCCAUUCUUUGAUAAUCACAUCCGGGACUUCCUCGGACAAGUUCAUUUCCAAUCAUCUCUUGAAUCUCUACUCAAAGUUUGGAGACCUGCAGACAGUUGUGACUUUGUUUCAUCGUAUGCCCAAGAGGAAUACAAUGUCAUGUAACAUUAUGAUUAAAGCAUAUCUUCAAAAUCGUGAUUUUGAGAGUGCUAAUACGUUGUUUAAUGAAAUGUCAGAGAGAAAUGUUGCAACAUGGAAUGCAAUGGUCACAGGAUUGACCCAGUUUGACAUGAAUGAGGAGGCUAUGUCAUUGUUCUCAGAAAUGAACAACUUGGGUUUCAUGCCUGAUGAGUACUCCUUAGGUAGCAUACUUAGGGGAUGUGCACAUUUGGGAGCUUUGUUAGCAGGAAUGCAAGUUCAUGCUUAUGUGAUGAAAUGUGGGUUUGAGUUUAAUUUGGUUGUGGGAAGCUCUUUAGCUCAUAUGUAUAUGAAAGUGGGACGCAUGCAAGACGGAGAAAAAAUUAUCAAAUCAAUGCCAACUCAUAAUGUUGUUGCUUGGAAUACACUUAUUGCUGGAAAAGCACAAAAUGGGUAUGCUGAAGAAGUUCUGAAUCACUACUGUUUGAUGAAGAUGGCGGGUUUUAGGCCUGAUAAGAUUACUUUUGUGAGUGUGAUUAGUGCCUGUUCAGAGUUAGCCACCCUUGGUCAGGGAAAGCAAAUUCAUACCGAAGCAAUCAAAGCAGGAGCUAGCUCUGUAGUUGCUGUAGUUAGUUCACUAGUUAGUAUGUACUCCAAAUGUGGAUGUCUGGAAGACUCUGUCAAAGCAUUCUCAGAAUGCGAUGAACCAGAUGUUGUAUUAUGGAGCUCAAUGAUUGCUGCUUAUGGUUUCCAUGGGGAGGGGCAAGAAGCUAUCAAACUCUUUCAUCAAAUGGAGCAAGAAAAAUUACAAGCAAAUGAGGUAACAUUCUUGAGUUUGCUAUAUGCUUGCAGUCAUAGUGGACUGAAGGACAAGGGGCUCGAGUUCUUCAAUUUGAUAGUCGAUGUGUAUGGACUCAAGCCUUGGUUAGAACAUUAUACCUGCAUGGUUGACCUACUCGGUAGAUCUGGUUGUUUGGAGGAUGCUGUGGCUAUGAUACGAGAAAUGCCUGUAAGGGCUGAUGCAAUUAUAUGGAAAACAUUGUUAUCUGCAUGUAAAAUCCACAAGAAUACUGAAAUGGCAAGAAAAAUUGCUGAAGAAGUUAUUAGGAUAGAUCCCUACGACUCAGCUUCUUAUGUUCUUCUCUCAAACAUUCAUGCUUCAGCUAAGAGUUGGCAGGAUGUUUCCGAAGUGAGGAAAGCCAUGAGAGACCGGAAGGUGAAGAAAGAACCUGGUAUUAGUUGGGUAGAACUGAAGAAUCAAGUUCACCAGUUCACUCAGGGUGGAAAAUCCCACCCAAUGUCAGUGGAGAUUGAUUUGUAUCUAGAAGAACUAACUUCAGAAAUGAAGUUCCAUGGCUAUGUCCCCGAUACUGCCUCCGUUUUGCAUGACAUGGAUAAUGAGGAGAAAGAAUAUAACUUGGUACACCAUAGUGAAAAGUUGGCAAUUGCUUUUGCUUUAAUGAACACCCAAGAGGGUGCACCUAUAAGGGUGAUGAAGAACCUGAGGGUAUGCAGUGAUUGUCACGUUGCCUUCAAGUUCAUAUCCAAGAUAAAGAAUCGAGAAAUUAUAGUGCGAGACUCUAGCAGGUUUCAUCAUUUCAAAAAUGGCACAUGCUCUUGUGGAGAUUACUGGUAAUUGCCUGAUUCUUUCUUCUCAUGGUUGUACAAGAAGGACAAUAAUGGAUUGGUUCUGGUUCGAGACAUGAUUUGUGGAGAUUACUGGUAAUUGCCCGCUUGUUUCGUCUCAUGGAUGAACUUAAGAAGGACAAUGCUGGGUUUGUUCCACUUCACUGACCUGAUUUGCCUAGUUGACUCUUGGCCUGCAAGGACAUCACUGAAACUCUUAUUUAUGCACUCACUCAACUCAAUGCUGCUGAUGAAAAUUUUCAGUUUGUCUGCAAUUUUGUUAUUGGGGGGAAGGGGGAACCUAAAUAACUCAUUCUUUAAAAUAUUUUAAAUAUUCUCUUUUUAGUCUCAUCUACAUAUACAAAUUGGAGUGAAAGCUUAUAUUGCUGAAUUGGACAUUGUUUUA